AUGACCUCGUCAUCGGAAAUAGAAGACGGGGUCUCCAGGCCUCUCCUUGCCGACCAAAGAGAUGAGCGGGAUGCUAAUUUAAUAGGUGGUGAUGCCCCUCCACUGCCUUCAACUCGGGAUGCGGGCACAUUCACCAGGAAUCUCGGCGCUCUUGAGGCUUUCGCCAUCGUUAUCAGCAUUGUUAUCGGAAGCGGGAUAUUUACUUCCCCCGGAUCUAUAGACACCAAUGUACCAUCUCCGGGCGCGGCCUUGGUUGUUUGGUUGAUUGGUGGAGUGCUUGCGUGGACUGGUGCCUCGACCAUGGCAGAGUUAGGAACAGCGAUUCCUGGUGAAGGCGGAGUGCAGCCGUACCUUCAAUACAUAUUCGGAGAUGUCUUUGGCUUCCUCGCCGCUUGGACAUGGAUUGUGGCUGUCAUGCCGGCUACCCUCGCCAUUCUUAGUAUUGUGUUCGUUGAGAGUAUUUACUCCGCGAUGGGUGUAACCGAUCAGGCUGGGAGGAUCGAACAUAAGCUAUUUUCUAUUCUCAUUUUAGUCGUCAUUGGUGUCGCCAAUUCUAUUAGUACUAAAGCCAGUACUCGUCUCAAUAACUUCUUUGUGGUUACUAAGUUUAUAAGUAUCGCGGGAAUCGUGAUAGCUGGAAUAGUAGUUGCCAUACUUCAGGCCACUGACCCGGAAAGGGAUAUUGGAGGGCGAGACUGGUUUAAGAAGCCUUGGUUUGGCAAUCGGGAAGUUCUUAACCCCGACGGGAGCAAGACGGAUUGGAAUGAGCUUGGUGAAUGGGAGAUUCUUGGUCAUUAUUCUGCUGCGUUAUAUGGAGCAUUGUGGGCUUACUCUGGGUGGGAUAAGGCAAUUUAUGUCUCGGCUGAGCUUCGAUCACCAGCACGUCAGCUUCCACUCGCAAUCAAUAGCGCCAUCCCGACGAUAAUACUCUGUUUUAUCACCGCGAACGCUGCCUACUACAUAUUACUUCCAUGGAACGUGGUCUCGACAACAGACAGUGUCGCUGUGACCGCUAUCACCCGUAUUCUCGGACAAGGGUUUGGCAUCGCCGCCGCCGCUCUUAUCUGCCUGGUCGUCGCCGGCUCUCUUCUUGGUAAUUCGUUUGUCGCUGGUCGCAUGGCUGUCGCGGCGGCCAACAUGAACUGGUUUCCUCGUAUUUUCGCCUCCGUUGGCCAUAUUGGAUUGAAACCUAGGACGGAAGAUGAACAGGGCUCUCCUAAUACGGCACAUUCAGAUGCUCCUAUCAACGCGAUCUUACUUUCAACCAUCCUUUCAGCCCUAUACAUCAUUCUUGGGAAUUUUCGUGCUCUCUUAACUUUCAACGGACUGGGCGAGUAUUCCUUCUUCUUCCUAACUGUUCUAGGUGCUAUUGUUCUUAGAUUCCGCGAACCAGGACUGCGACGACCAUAUAAACCAUACGUUCUGGUCCCAGUUAUAUUCGCAGUAGUUAGCGGGUUUGUGGUAAUUAGAGGUGCCUUCUUCGCACCUGUGUUGGCACUCGUAGUUAUCAUUGUAUGGAUAAUUGGCCUUGGAUUUUACUGGGUUAGAAAACGAUUGGCUCUCAGGCAAGAAGAGUAG